AAUAUGUGGACAUCGUACGAGGUAAAGUCAGAACAGAUAUCACAGAUUCAACGCAACGAGAAUCCAGUCAUAUAGCACGGAUAAAGAUUCAAUAAGAGACUCAGAAGACCGAACAGAAAGGAUUGUUGAUAUCUACAUCAGUGCAGAGGCUGUAAGAGACAUGAAACAUAAGAAAGAGACAGAAGACUUCAACACAGAAGAUCCCCGAACACCUCGACACACAGAAGACUUCAACACAGAAGAACCCCGAACACCUCGACACACAGGAAGUGAUGGUGUGACGAUCUCCAGAGCAGCUGCAGUAGUGUUUGUGCUGCUGUGUGUUCUUCUGAUGACUGCACGCAUUAUACUGUGUGCCACCUUCACCCAAGAGAGACAACAGCUGAAGACUAAGAUCACCAACCUCACAGAAGAGAGAGAACAGCUACUGACUAAGAUCAUCAACCUCACUCAAGAGAGAAAUGAUCUUCAGAAGUUGUUUGCGGAUGGAUGGAAGUGUCAUCAAUCAACUCUUUACUUCUUUUCCUCUGAGAAGAAGAGCUGGACUGAGAGCAGAAGAUACUGUAGAGAGAGAGGAACAGAUCUGAUCAUCAUCAACAACAGAGAGGAACAAGAUUUUGUGAAGAAUAUUUGUGGUUCUGAACAUUUCUGGAUUGGUUUGACUGAUGUUGAAGAGGAGGGCAGAUGGAAAUGGGUUGAUGGCAGCAACAGCAACAUCACCUCUGGGUUCUGGAAGUCUGGAGAACCAAACGACUAUCAGGGAAAAGAAGACUGUGCUAACACUCAUCUGAACUAA